AUCACGUUGUAGAUUGCAGUUGUUCAUUGGAAACUCCAUUUUCACCUUACUCGUUGAUAAUCUGUCAGUUGUAUGAGUCAGAAGACGCCCAAACCUACACUUACAGGUCAGAGGUUGAAGACCAGAAAAAGAGAUGAAAAGGAGAAAUAUGAUCCUAUAGGAUUCCGUGAUGCUGUAAUACUUGGUAUUUACGAUGCCAGUGAUUUGGAUCAGCUCGCCAAGUUCUUGGAUACCGCCGGAAGUCGACUUAAUUAUCGACGCUAUGCCGACGUCCUCUUUGAUAUCCUAUUUGCUGGGGGAAUUUUAGCCCCUGGUGGUGGACUGAUAGAAGAUGAGAAAGCUAGAUGCGAGCUGUGUGUGUUUCUAGCAGACAAUGAUCUGGAUGCCAUGAAGGCAUGGGCACAG